AUGGAUGAGCUUGGUUUGAGUGACAAUGAUGACCUCACAGAUGGUUCUGCACCGAUUUGUGCUACUGGUGAACAGGAUAAUCAAACAAAUAAUGAUGAUGAUGAAGAAAGCAGUGAUUGGGAUACAACCCCAAGAAGUCAGUCUGAUCAAAUGUCUACUAUAAAACUUGCUAAUAAUCUUCAAACAAAGGAUUUAGUGUUCAAUAGAAAUGACUCUGCUAAGCAGGAUGAUUUCCAAUCUUCUCCAGGAGUAUUUUCUCCCAAGAAUUCAAGUACUCCGGGAAAAGCAGGAGAUGAAGACAACGAAAAUAAAGGUACCUCUUCUAUUGCCUCAAAAUUCACAAAUUUAAGAAGAGAAUCUAAUGCUGAAGAAGAUAGAUGUUAUAAACCACAAGCUACAGAGACUGAGGAAAGUGAUUGGGAUUCAACUGUUCCUUCUGGUCAACCAACCCCUAGAAAUGAAGUAACUGACUACUUGGACUUUCUAACACCACCUGCUCCAACUACUAAUAAAGAUGAGUACUUCCAGCGUACAUCAUCACUACGGCGGAUGAACCUGGCAGCCAGCAAAAUCAUGGCUUUAGCAGAUGAGUCUCCAGAGUGUAUUGAUAUGUACAUAGGUCAGUACAAGAGUGCAUAUGAAGAAGUGGUCAACCUGGGUGUUGUUGAUGAUGUUGCUCCUGAUAAAAUGGUCAAGAGUCAAAUAAUGCAAGAACUAAACAAACUCUUAGAGGCAAAUUCAGCUACUACUCAACCUGGUUCCCAAAACAAACUUUUAGAGGCUGCAAGAACAGUCACAGACCGCAUUAACCAAAUGAUAGAUGUGUGUUCUGGAGAGGCAAAUGUUGAGGAUGAAAUUAAAGCAACUGAUUCUCUUGAAGCUCAGAACAAAAAUGUUUCUCACGGAUUGGACAGAUCUGCCUUUACAGAUGAUAAAGAGUCUCUUGAUAUUGCAAAACAUGAAACUGCACAGAAUGAAGAUUGUUUAGCACCAAAAGACUUUCAGGUACCAGAGCAGCCAAAAGAAUUGGCUAAUGCUACAUCUAAUGGAAUUGUUGCUAAAGACAAUGAUGAAAAUAUUGACACAAUAAUAUUGAAAUCAUGUCAGAAGUUGGAAGAAAGUAGCCAAAAGUUAACAUCAACUCCAAAACCUUCUUCACUGACUGAUUUCUCAUCACUGAAACAAAAGUCUGGGGAUCUUGCAACUUUCGAAAAUGGACUUCUGAGAGAUUCUUCUAUUUUGGUACCCACUCAAAAGUCUUUUUGUCAGCCUGGUUCUGAAAUAUUUGCUGAAGGAUUAAGUGGUUUCAAUUACCUGGACAGUUCGGACAUUCUCAAAGAUGACGAUUUGAUGUCUUUGACAUCGACAGAAAAUGAAGGCAGCCUCACAGGAGUUCAAUAUAAUAAAGACACACUUAUGAAUCUUAAUCUAAAUGACUCUGCAUCUGUUGCUAAGAUACAGGAGCAUCUUCGAGAAAGCAGGCAAAAAUUGGAAAAGGAAAAAAAUCAGCGUACUUUGGUAGAAAACCAAUAUCGAAUACUUCAGGAGGAGAAUAGCAAAUUGCACAACAAAAUUGAAGCUUUGAUUCAAGAGAAGACUUCUUUGGAAGAAACAAAAAUUUCUCUUGAGGCCAAGAUUAGAAAUUUACAAUAUAAAUUAUCUGAGGAGACAGAUAAAUCAAAAGAGGCUGAAAUAUUAUUGGAGCAGUCCAAGAAACAAUUGGAGAAAAUAGACCAGCAGUGUAAAAAAGAUUUUGAAAUGAAGCAACAAACAGACCAUACACUUUACCAAACUGAAAUGGAAUUGAAACGGGCCAAACAUUCUAUUCAGGCACUUGAGGCUGAAAAUCAAGAACUGAACACACAAUUUAAGAGCUUAAUACAAGGAGGAAUUAUAAAGCAUCAAGAACAAUUGCAGCAACUACAACAGCAGCUUCAAAGUCAACAGCCUGACAACAAGCAAACAAAAGAAUUUACAGAUGAAGCUCUGCGAGAAGAGAUGACUUAUUUGGAGAAAGAAAACCAGAUUUUAAAAGAGCAGGUUUCAAAACUCGAACUUCAAAAAAACAAUGCUAAUCUUUCAGAAAGCAGAGAGUUUUUAUUGAAAAUAGAAGAAUUACAAUUUGAAAAAAGACAGGCAGAAUCGGUACUGCAGGAAUGCAAACACAAGCAUGAAUUGGAACAGCACACACUGAUACUUGAGAAGCGCCAGUUGAAUGACAGCGUUGCUAAGCUACAGAUGGAACGAGACAAACUCCAAGAAGACUACAUCCAAGCACAAGUUCAAUAUGAAUCUGCCAAACAAGAGACAGGUUCACAGAAGGAACUACAAAGAAACGUUGAACAAUCAUUCCAAAUCAAAAUCCAAGAAAUGGAAGGUCAGAAUGCAAUGUGGAAGCAAGAACUUGAAAAAGCACAAGAAACCAACAAAGAAUUGAAAAAAUGCCAAACUUCCUUAAAAACCAAAAUUGCUGAAUUACAAAAAGAGCUCAAAGAGGCUGAAUCUACUUUGAAGUAUCAAAUGAUUCAGCUAGAAGAUGCCCAGCAUAACAAGGAAAGGUUUGAGCAAGAAAACAACAUUCAGUUAUAUUCUUUACAAGAAGCAAAGAAAAGUUUGGAAAAAGAUGUGCACAAUUUGGAAAUAAAGAAAUCUGGUUUGGAAAUUGAACUCCACCAUGAAAAAAAUAAAGUGGAUAUGUUAGAAAAAGACUUGGAUAUGCUUCAGCAGAACAACGUUGGCAAUCAUGGAUUAUUGGUUCAGGAAUUGCAAGUUGAUAAUGCAAAACUUGUUGCUGAGGUGCAGCAUGAGAAACAGAAAUGCAACUUAUUACAACAACAAUUGCUUGAAGAACAAAAUGCUCGAUAUACAUUAGAUGUAGACCUCAAAGAAGCUACCAGUCAACUAGAGAAGCAAGUAUUGUCUAAUGAAAAUAAUGAACAUAUAGAACCUAUACUCAAUCAGCAAACGUAUACAGCACCUGAUCUGAUUGAACAGAAAAUCCAAAUGGAAGAGGAUCAUGAAAAAUUAAGGGAAGCCAUUGAGAAACAAAAGAGGAUGGAAAACAAAUUUGAAUCUGAAUUAGAAAAAAACAAAGUUCUUCAAAAAGAAAUUAUAUAUCUGAAGUCAAGUAUUAAAAACAAGAAAGAACAUUGGGUUGCUCAAUUGGAACGUGAGAAGAAGCGGCUGAAAAUACAAAUAGAAAAGGAAAAGCAUAAAUCUAAGGAGGCAGUCGAACGUCAGAAAGCAAUUGAAGUCCUGUUGGAAGAUGAAGUUGAAAAAAACCAUAUACUCCAAUAUGAAAUAAUAAACACAAAGUCAAAAAUACAAAAGAAAAUGCAAUGGGUUGAUACCAAGCUUUCAUCAUCUUUACCAACAAAGCCAGUUCAUGUUGCCGAAGAGAAAUAUCAACCAGUUGCAUCCAUUUCUUUUUUUCUUUCUUUGUUUUUUUCUUCUUUCUUUCUUUGUUUCUUUUUUCUUCUUUCUUUUUUCUUUCUUUCCUUCCUUUCUUUUUUCUUUCUUUCUUUCCUUCCUUUUUUUUUUUUCCUUUUUCUUUCUUUCCUUUUUUUUUUUUCUUUUUCUUUCUUUCCUUUUUCUUUCUUUCCUUUUUCUUUCUUUCCUUUUCUUUUUUUCUUUCUUUUUUUCUUUCUUUCCUUUUCUUUUUUGCUUUUUCUUUCUUUCCUUUUCUUUUUUCCUUUUUCUUUCUUUCCUUUUCUUUCUUUCCUUUUUCUUUCUUUCCUUCUUUUCUUCUCUCUCCUUUUUCUUUCUUUCCUUCUUUUCUUCUCUCUCCUUUUUCUUUCUUUCCUUCUUUUCUUCUCUCUCCUUUUUCUUUCUUUCCUUCUUUUCUUCUCUCUCCUUUUGAAACCUACGGCUACUUUACCAAGCCAAUCAGAACUCGACUCUUACCUGCGGACCGAAUUGGGUAAGAAAUUAGAAGAAGUAAACAGUUACCUGGAGCAGCAACAUCAAGAAUAUGAAGUGAAAAUGGCCGAGAAGGAAAAUCGAUUAACUGCAGAAAAAAAUAAAUUACAGGAGGAGAUUUUGCAACUGAGACUUAAUUAUGAAACAGCUUUAUCUCAUAAAGACCAGCAAACCAAAGAAGCAGUUCAUUUUCGUGACUUAUAUCAUCAUGAGUUAUUCCUUAAGGAAAUGAAAGGAAGUCUGCAUUCACAAGGCAACCAACCCAUGUUCUAUGUUCCUACAUCAAUGGCUGCAGCAGAUCCUGCCUUAGCCAACAAUUCUGCCACUACUGCUUUUAAGUUAUGGGAAAAACCUGGAACUACUUUGCCGUCACCAGAUUUCAAUAGUAGUUUUCUCCAUUCAACUACAGCAGCAAACUUCAGUUCUUUGAAUCUGGGUCCCAAACCUCAAGGUGUCUCUGGCAGUUCAACAACAAACACAGAAUAUAGCGAGAUGUUUGCUCGCUGGAAGAAUGAAAUGCAUAGAAGUAUUAAAAGACACCUUGAAGCACCUCCCUAUGAUCAUCCAGAAUCAACAUUCAUACCAACAUUAAACAACACAUAUCCAUCACCUGUCAGGUAUCCGUCCAAUCAGCCGUUAACAGUUGCAAAUAUCUCCUCAUCUUUAACUAAAUCAAAAGCAGAAUUACUUUCACUCUUAAAUCGUAAAUACUGUUUAUAA